AUGAUUAAUCACCUCGUCUGGGUGCGGGUGACAGGACAGAUCCGGAAACACCUAUCACUUCUUUUCUGGAUCAUUUUCAUUCGCCCAUCGUAUUGCGCCGCCAUCUUUCUUUUCUUACUGUUGUCGGCUAAGAGAUACAAUAUGGGUUCUGUGGAACGUGCCGGCGACGCGACCUCUGAGGUUGAAUCUGGUGAAGAGGAGAUCGUUGGUGGCGGUGAACUUGCCCAACAUCUGAUGAAAAGUGGCAUCACUCGCAACGAGAUGCUGGCCGCCAUCACGAACCGCAUUCAUGCUGAGACCCUCGCCUCGCUACCCCCAAACGUGCGUCGACGCAUCCGCGCUUUGCGCUCCCUCCAGAAGGAUUUUGUGGACAUAGAGGCGAAAUUUUACAGCGAGGUUCACACACUCGAGUGCAAAUACGAGAAGCUCUACAAGCCGCUUUUUGAAAAGCGAGCACAAAUCGUGAACGGCCUGUACGAGCCAACCGACGAUGAGUGUCUGAACCCGUGGCGCGAUGACUCCGAGGAGGAGGAACUGGCGCGCGCCGUUCAGAAUGCCGCCAUUACGGACGGCGAUGACAAAGCCAAGGCAGGCGACGAAACUAAACCUGCUGAGCCUGCUAUGGACCCAAAUGUGAAGGGUAUCCCCGACUUCUGGUACAACAUCUUCAGGAAUGUGUCUAUGCUGAGUGAAAUGAUGCAGGAACAUGAUGAACCCAUUUUGAAGUGCUUGCAAGACAUCAAAGUUCAAAUGCAUGAAGAUCCAUUUGGCUUCACCCUGGAGUUCCAUUUUGCACCAAAUGAUUACUUUACAAAUACAGUUCUAACUAAGGAGUAUGCUAUGAAGUGUAAACCUGAUGAUGAAAAUCCAUUGGAGUUUGAAGGGCCUGAGAUUUAUUCAUGCAAGGGUUGUGAAAUCAACUGGAAGAAAGGCAAGAAUGUAACUGUGAAGACAAUAAAGAAGAAGCAGAAGCACAAGUCGCGUGGCUCAGUGCGCAUCGUCACCAAGUCUGUGCAAGCCGAUUCUUUCUUCAACUUCUUUUCGCCCCCAGCGGUGCCAGAGGACCCAGACUCUGAUAUCCAGGCUCUCCUGACUGCUGAUUUCGAGAUCGGGCAUUACAUCCGCGAGCGAGUGGUCUCCCGCGCAGUGCUCAUCUACACGGGCGAGGGGCUCGACGAAGAUGACGAUGACGACUAUGAGGAGGAGGAGGAUUCUUAUUCUGACGAGGACUCUGGCACGGAGGAGGAGGAGGAAGAGUGCUCGUCGGAAGAGAGCGACGAUGAGGAGCCGGCUCCGCGGAGGAGGGGCAAGAAACACGGCAAGGGGCCGCAGGAAACUCCGGCCGAGUGCAAACAGCAG